ACCACACCGACAACUGAAGUUUAAAAGUGUACCGCAUCGUGACGGGCGGUUUUAAUUUCCACACACUUAGAAGGAGAAUUCAGCUUAGUGCUGGAACAUGGCACGUUUUUAUGUUCUCGCCAUCGGCUUCGGAUUCGUUUUGUUACUGUUUUCCUACGCAGACUGUAGGUCGACUGAAGCAAAGCUCGAGCUGUGUGAACAGCCAGACCAUAUCCCGUGUAAGAAUGGAACCGGGUGUUUCAACAAGAAAUACAAGUGCGAUGACACUGAGGAUUGCGCAGAUGGAUCUGACGAGAGACAGUGCCCUGGUCAGGUAAAAUGUCACUCGGGGCAAUUCCUGUGUACAGAUGGAAGGAAGUGUAUUCCCUUUAGCUGGAGAUGUGACGGUGAGAAAGAUUGUGCAGAUGAUUCGGAUGAAGUCUUGUGUAACGCAAAAAUUCUCUGUAACUCAGAUGAAUUUCGUUGCGACAACAAAAGUGGAUGUUUUCCACUUCUUUGGAAAUGCGAUGGAGAGCGACAGUGUUCCGAUAAAUCGGAUGAGGAUGGGUGUUCUCCGUGUAAAUCUAACGAAUUCUUUUGUAGAGAGACCAAAUCGUGUAUAGCAGGGAGUUGGCAAUGUGACGGGGAGAGAGAUUGUCUCGAUGGUUUAGACGAAGUGGGAUGCCCUGAUGUUAUCCAGUGUGACUCAACACAAUUCAGAUGUGAUAACAUUAGUUGUAGUCCACUUAGUUGGAGAUGUGACGGUGAUCGAGACUGUAUCGAUGGAACUGACGAAGCUGGCUGCGACAAUCCUGCCCAAUGCAGGUCGACUGAGUUCCUAUGCGGCGAGGAAAAGAAAUGUAUCCCAAGCUCUUGGAAGUGCGAUGGUGAGGACGAUUGUCAAGGUGGCGUCGACGAAAUUGCUUGUUCUGAUCAAAUUCAGUGCGACUCAACACAAUUCAGAUGUCGUGAUAAAAAGAUGUGUCUCCCAUCGAGUUGGAAAUGUGACGGUAUGGUAGAAUGUUCGGACGGUAGCGACGAGGCUGACUGCGACGAGACUGGUCAGUGCAAAUCGACAGAAUUCCUAUGCAGCAAGGAGAAGAAAUGUAUCCGGAACUCUUGGAAGUGCGAUGGAGAGAACGAUUGUCUCGAUGGCGUCGACGAAGUUGGUUGUUCUGAUCAAAUUCAGUGCGACUCAACAAAAUUCAGAUGUGAUAAUCGCAGUUGUCUUCCACUUCGUUGGAAAUGUGACGGUGAUCAAGACUGUGCGGACGGUACUGACGAAGAUGACUGCACCACGACCGUUCAGUGCAAAUCGACAGAGUUUCUAUGCGGGCAGGAGAACAAAUGUAUCCGGAACUCUUGGAAGUGCGAUGGAGAGAACGAUUGUCUCGAUGGUGCCGACGAAGUUGGUUGUCCUGAUCGAAUUCAGUGUAACUCAACAGAAUUCAGAUGUGAUAACCGCAGUUGUCUUCCACUUCCUUUGAAAUGUGACGGUAUUCAAGACUGUGCGGACGGUGCUGACGAAGAUGACUGCACCCCGACCGUUCAGUGCAAAUCGACAGAAUUUCUAUGCGGGCAGGAGAAAAAAUGUAUCCCAAUCUCGUGGAAGUGUGAUCGAGAGGACGACUGUUUCGAUGGUUUAGACGAAGUAGGAUGCGCUCUUGAAAUUCAGUGUAACUCAACAGAAUUCAGAUGUGAUAACCGCAGUUGUCUUCCACUUCGUUGGAAAUGUGACGGUGAUGAAGAUUGUGCGGACGGUACUGACGAAGAUGACUGCACCACGACCGUUCACGAGUGCGCAUCGACAGAAUUUCUAUGCAGACAGGAGAAAAAAUGUAUCCCGAACCCUUGGAAGUGUGAUGGUGAGGAAGAUUGCACCGAUGGAGCAGACGAGCUCACAUGUGAUUGAACAACGACCGCUACGUCCGAGCAGUUUGGUUGUGACAAUGCUACAAGCUGUCUUCCGUCGAAAUGGAGAUGUGAUGGUGAUCUAGACUACAACGACAAAUCUGAUGAGUUUGGACGGACAUGUACAGUCUAGCUUAAAUGGAUGUCAACACUUACGUCAAACGAUUUUUCCCAAACUAGGGCACAAAAUCCAAUGCAGUUUUAGCAUAUUGUUAGAAAUUUAGUUUUCUAAUGAUAUACUAUGGCAGGAUUGUGAUUGCGCAGAUUUCCUUUUCUUUUGAAAUCGGUCAUUGAAAAAGCCUUACGAAAAACACUUUUUAAUUUCUGGUAUUUCUAAUACGAUCUACAUUUCCAAAAAGUAUAUCGGUAAAAGUGGUCGUCUAAUGGUAUUGUUUAACUAGAACAAUGUUAUCCUAAAUAUAAAUGCAGUUCUAUCUCCUCUAAUAUAUUUAUGAUGGACAAAGUUCUGUGUACUCCUAACAGCUGUGUUAUUCUUAAAUAUUUCAGGUUUUAUAGGUGGUACAAUUAAA